UGUCCAUGGUUGACUCUCGGAGCCUGUCAGUAUGGCUAUCUUUGCGAAUCCCCUUCAUAAUGCUACCCCGACGCUCAGACAUUUCUGGAAAACUUUUGGAAGUUAAAAACAAGUGUAUUUUCAAGGACAGAAACAUGGACGUAAGGGACAACCGUUCGUCUUUAAAUGAACUACAGGACAAAAUUCGUUGUUUGACAGAUGAAAAUGUCCAGCUCCGUGACAAAAAUGAAAGCCAUUUUACCAAACUAGGCUACCUUGAGAGCAGGUUGGGCUAUCUUGCAGCCUCCAAGACUGACCUCUCUUCCAAACUGGUCUCAAGCGAAGAGGAGAAACUGAAGAUAUCCAAGGAGCUUGUCGAGGUACAUAUACAGACCAACAAAGUGAGGGAGCAGUAUGAAAAGGACAUUUUUGACCUGAAAAUAAAGAUCCUAUCCCAGGAAGGGGUGGUGGUGGAGAUGGAGAUGGAGAGGGACAGGCUCUGCAGGGAGCUCCAGUCUGUCACCGCCCGCCUACAGGUGGCAGAGAGGACAGGAAGUGAUCUCACAGAGGAAUACAUGACCCUGAAGAGGAACUACCUGGCUCUGACUGAGGCCCACGAUAAGGAGGUGGUCCAGAAUGACGAGCUGAGCGCUGAGCUGCUUGGGCUGGCCCAGGCUCGUGAUGACCUCUUCAGGCAGACAGAGGAACAGCAGCAGCGUGUUAGGGCCUCUACAGAGGGUGGUGUCUAUGGGCAGACUGCUCAGGAGCUGGACAGGGUGCGGGCGCUGGUCAGCCGUAUGUUUCACAAUAGAAUAAUGCCAGAGGACCUGGCUAUGUUGGACCAAGAACGUAAAUCUAUGGAGAAGAGUCUGCUUGGGAACCAGGAUGUGAUCAAAGACAUGCUGGAGCAGAUGAAGAAGAGCUAUGAAGAGCAGCAGCACAGACUAGAGGAGAAAGUGGUGGCGAUGGGCAAGGAGCAACAAGAGAACAAGAGAGCCAUCCGCGAUACCCAGCAGAAACGAGCCGAACAGAGUGCGGCCAUGUUGAGCUCUCAGAGCCAGCUGAAGGAGGUGGAGGAAGAGAACUCUAAGCUACAAAUGCAGGUGAAGGAACUGAAUGAGGAGUACCGUGCCAGACUGGGAUGCUACCUACAGGACCUAGCUGAGUAUGUGGAUGGUCUGGCAGAGGGGAGGGGUGUGAAGGGCCCCCCAGAGAGGGUGAAGUUGAGGGGCUUCGUGGACAGCAUGCUCCAAGAGGUGCGCUCCUCCUACAGGGCUAGAGAGGAGCAGCUAGCCUCUGCCGCACGCUCCUACAAGAAGAGACUGCAGAGGCUCACUAAGAGCCACCAAGCCCUGCUUAGUGCAUACAGGGUGCAGAGGGAACAGGUCCUGUCCCAGCCAGAGAGUGGCUUGGACCCCGGCCCCCCUGAGGCCCACUUCAGCCUGGAGCCCAGUGAGCUGAGGGGAGAGUCGGAAAGGGAGCUCCAGCUCCUACGCCAGGACAAGGCCAGGCUGGAGGGCCAGCUCCGAGAGGCUCAGAAGCCUGUGGCUGUCGUCACUAGACCUAUUCAAACAGUCAACUUUCAGGAUUCUGGAAAAUCAGGGCAGAUAUCUGAAGAGGCCUGGACUGAUAUUAGGAAACAGCUACGGGAGAUCACCAACUCUACUCAGGAGGGCCAUGAGAGGGAGCGUGCCCAGCUCAUCACCAGGGCUACAGUUGCCGAGGAGCAGCUGUUAGAGCUGCAGGAGUAUGUUGACAAGCACCUGGGAAGGUACAAGCAGGAGAUCACACGGCUGCGUAGACUGCUGGGUCUGGAGACAGGGCUUGCCCACAGAGCUGAGGCUCCCAAACCCCGCCAAUCCAUCGCUCGAUCAAGAAUCCAAGCUAUGAAAUAUGAUCUUCCACCCCCCUAAAAAACAAUACAACACAUGAACCCUUGCUUUGGUAUCUAACCAUAUGUAUGAAAUCUGUGCCAGUCAGAAUAUUCCUCAAAGAAUAACACGAUUGGCUACUAUGACAUAAUAAUGGACUCCAUGGAAAGGCAUUUGUUUCAAUAUUGCUUUUUAUUAUCAUUUAUAAAAUAACAGUUCCUCACUUCCUCAACAUGACUGUAAUAUGAUGAGGCCAAAUUUGAAAGAUCUCACUGAAAUUCAAUUAUUUUUUAGAAGAGGUCUGCAUGUCCACUUUGAUAUUUAGCGUACACAUACAUGUUAUUGGAGAGCAAGGAGGAGAAAGAGAGAGAGAACAAGGGGGGGCAGGAGGGAUAAUUGGUUGGAUGAGAAGACAUUGUUGUGGGGUGAGAAAGCAGCCAUAUGUGGUGCUUGAAGUGGAUUAAAAUAGGAGUCAGUACUCACUCUUUAUAUUUGGAGCCAAUAUAAACACCAAUAUAAGAGGUGCCGGUACUCAAGUAGAAGAACAAUUGACCUGACACUUCUGUGAGAGAGAAUGGGAUAAAGACAACUAGAUUAGUUUGGAAAUGCUAAGAUGGGGUCUAGAUAACCAGUGUUAAAAGCAACUCCUUCACAUAGAGAGAUUAAGGAGACCAAGAGAAGAUUAUAGAGCUACUGUAUGAGUGCUUAUUAUUUCACUAUAAAUAAACUACACUAACUUUUUCUGCAA